CUUUCCUUCUCUCUUUCAGUCCUUUCGUGGAUCCUCCUGGAAGCAGGUUCACAGGCAGAUUCAUCUCUACCACCACCCAGGCUGUCCUCGCCUCUUCCACACAACUUUAUUAUUAAAGGAGAAGAGAUUCCCUUGAAUUGCUCCCUCCCCAAGGGGGUCGAAUCAGGGAAUGCCAAGGGAUCUCGUAGAAUAAGGUUCUAUUUCUACUGUAGGGAUCAAUUCUAUGAAAUAAUUGAAGAUGAGCAUCUCUCUAACAAUACCUUCAACGUCAGGACUAAAUAUCUGAGCUCUGGCCAAAUAAAGAUAAUAUGUAUAUGCAAAUUCAAGGAAGAACAUCGGAGACACCCUUAUUCUCCCGAAAGUAACCAGCUGGUCUUCUCAGUGGUUGAUGUCCUCCCUUCCCCUCUGCUGAAAGUGGAUCCGUUGUCCCAGAGGGUGAAGGAAGGUGACCCCUUGGUCUUCCUCUGCUCAAUGGAAGGAGGAGACCGAGAGAAGAAGUUCCACUUCUACAAGGAUGGGGUGGAGAUCACCUCCAGUGAAGAAGAUCUUCUUGAACCCUCCACUGAGCCCACAAACCCUCUUCAAAAUGCCUCUCUGAGAAUCCCUCAUGCCUCGAUCAACCACAGUGGGGAAUUUUCUUGCAGUUAUGAAGAGAAGAGAAGCAACCAAUGGAUCAUGUCUCCUUUGAGCCAGGGGAAGAACGUCACAGUUGAGCCAGUUUCGACACAAGAUUCAGGUAUUUGGAGAUAUUCCCGGGCGGCCAUUACUAUGAUAAUCCUGCUGGUUCCAUUUGCCUUGUAUUGCUGGACAAAGAAAUGCAGUAAGUGA